AUGAAGCGCCAACCCCCGCGGGCAUCGCCACUCGCAGGCGGCGCCAACCGCUGCCCCACGAAGAGGCGCAGCAAGUACUUUUUGAAAGCGAGCAGAAAGACCCCCAGGCAGGAAAGCACCCCCUCGCAAAGGACACACGCGGGGGGAGCAGGGGACUACGCCAUCCCCGUCUCGACGAGUCUGUACAACUCGACCAUUCUGCGUGGGAAGCUCGCUGGUAGGGGAGCAACACGGGGGGUAGUAGAAGAAGAUGAAGCGGGACUGUCCGAUGAUACCCCCCUCGAAAGGGAUCAGACGCGGCCUCAAAGUGGCAGCCCCCCCCCUGAGGGGGAUACUUCUUUAAAGCUGAAAUUUCGCAGGAUAAUCUCCACCUACCACACCUUCACCAACCUGAUGAGGAAGCUAAAGUUAAGCAACGAACAACUGGGGGGGCAUGCCAACUGCUCCACAUGCAGUAGCGGCUCAAUAAUUGUGAAGGAGGGGAUGUAUGGGAACUACUUCGAAUGCACACAGUGCCACGAGAGGAUUUCCAAAAGGAGAGUAGAGGACUCCUUGUAUAAUGAAAGAGAGAAAUUAUUCCUUCAAAAUAAAAAAAGAAUCUCCUUCGAAAUGGAAACGACCCACUCCUACCGCAUUCACCACUUUGGGAACACCAGCUUUGCCAAGGAGUUUAACCAAAUGGUAAGCGACGUAAUAAAAGAAAUCAUCACCGACUUGAGGGAGCUAAAAAGAGAUAGAGUGCAAUAUAGGGACAUUAUAAAGUACAUUUACAGGAUCAACACAUCUGGCGAUUGGUCCGAAUGGUCUAGAUGGGCCGAAGUGACACGUUUCCGUUCUGCGAGGAAAGCAUCCCAGGGGGAGUCCCACUCCGUCUUCAGGCCCACUUGGAGGUGCAACUUUUCGCUCAUCCGAAGGAGGUAUGCAGCCCUCCUCAGGAAGAGGGGCUACGCGAAGGUGAAGCCCAGCGGGGGGAAAGAAAAAGCAGAAAAAGGAGAAGAGGCAGAAGAAGUGGCAGGAAAAGAGGCACAGAACGAAGCCGAAAAAGAGGCAUCAAAAGAGGCAGCAAAAGAGGCAGCAAAAGAGGCAGCGAAACUACUCUUCCUGUACAACUCCAAAUUUGCAAAGCGCGUGGAAAAAAGAAGAAAAAAAAACAGCCAUUCAUUUGAAACCCUAAUUGACAGGUACACCCAGUGGUGCAUAAACGGACGCGACUUUUUCGAUGAGCUCAAGUACCUGCCGCUGACUUGGAAACCCAGGAGGGACUACAUACAGAGCGGCAUCUUCCCCUUCCACCUUUCGAAAGAUAUGGAGGAGGAAGCCUCCUUCGGAAGACUCAGCGUUAACAAUAAUAACUACCUCUGCGGGUGUGUCUUCGACCUCUGCUCCUACCCUUUAAUGCUGCGUUAUUUUAUCUUCCGUUUAUACAGCCACUGCUUUGUUUAUGAAAUCCCCAGCUGCGUCUUCCACUUCUUUGGACACGUCUACCCGAGGGUGCGCCAGGAAACACGUGUGCAGAAGUUUUUUUUAAAAUGGAGAUUCUCCAGCGUUAUGCGGAUGGCCUGCGCGAAGGAGCGGCACCAAUCGGAUGGGGGGCCUCUCCACCGAGCGGAUUCACCACACCCUGCUGAGACUGCUAAAAAAGUAGGGGCAAUAGAAUCGCCCGUUGCAUGCCCCCCCGAGUACUCCUCCCAAGAAGACAACCGAAUAACCAGAUUGUACAAUUUGGACGAGCUAGCCAAAUCGUCCUACCUCUUCAGCCGAGCGGAACUGAGAGCUCACAUACUGAGACACCACUACGCGAAAGGAAAGCAAAAGGUUAGGAGAGAAAUUUGGGGCGAAAUUAAAAAUAGCUGCCUUGAAGAAAUAAAAAAGAGGCUCCCCAGGAGGAUUCAAAAGGUGAUUCUACCGUACCAACUACAAUCGGUGUACUUCUUUAAAGAGAAGAAUGGGAGGAUAUUAAUAGGAGACGAAAUGGGACUAGGCAAAACGCUGCAGGCCAUUUGUAUUUUCCACUUUUUUCGGCUUUACCCCACCCUCAUUGUGACUCCGUCGUCUCUGAAGCUUAACUGGGCCUGCGAGAUUGAGAAGUUCCUGCCUGCGUUGGACCCCUCCAAGGUGCUCGUGGUUGGGGGGUCGAACGACUUCCCGAGGGGGGCCCGCCUGUACAGAAUCAUCAUCGUCUCCUUCGAGCUGUACAAAAAGCUGGCCCACCUGCUAAACGAAAUAAACUUCAAACUAGUUAUCGUAGACGAAAGCCACUUCAUAAGGACGGUGCACUACGGGAAGCAAAGUCAGCUAGCCAAAACGAUCAAAGGGACCCUUAAAAAGACAAAAAGGGUCAUCUUCCUGAGCGGAACCCCCUCCAUAAACAGACCCAUCAAUAUAUACCACCAAAUUAAGUACCUCAUAAACAGCAAAAGGCUCUUCUGCAAAAAUAAAAUCACCUUUGGGGAAGAAUUCUGCAAAAAAUAUUUCUGCAGAGGGCAAAAGAUAUUCGAAGAGAAUUUACGCUCCUGGGAAUUCCACCUCUUCUUAAAAAAAACGGUCAUGAUAAGGCGCUCCAUUUCGGAGGUCUUUACGUCCAACUUUCCACACUUGAAGAGAUUCUUCGUCUACCUUCCACAUGGGGAUUACACCAUAGGCAGUGGUAACCCCGUCAAUUCGUGGUCCCCCCCCAGGUGUACCCCAAGUGGGGAAGAAAAUGCCCUCCAAAGUGUCGGGAGGGACUCAAAAGAGGGGACCCAGUCGGUUGCCCCAGACUUCACUCCCCCCAACAGAAAAACACUGAGCGAGUUUUUUCAAGUCAAGAUUAAAUCCAAAAAGGUAGAGGAGGGACUCUCCAAAGUGAUUCAUUCGAUGAAAUACAUGGAGGAACAUUUCCCAGGAAAAAAAAAAAUCAUUUUUUGCUACCACCUAACUGUGUGCAAGUGCAUUGAAGAGGAGUUGCUAAAAAUGAUAAAAAGAAAAAAACAAACUGAACAAGUCAUUAUAGACUACGUUGUACUAAAGGGCAGUUUAAGCGAAAAGGAAAAGAGAGAAAAAAUACAAUUCUUUCGCAUGAACGACACAUGUCAGUAUGGCAUUUUCACCAUCUGCGCAGUUAGCCAUGGACUAGACUUCACCUUCUGCCACUUGUGUUUUUUCCUAGAAUUUCCUGUAAACUUCUUUCACCUGCAACAAUGCGAAAGCAGACUGUUUAGGAAGAACCAGCAAUUCGACACGUACGUUUUUUACUUCCUCUUGAAAAAUGGCUUAGGGAGUGACUACAAAACGUGGAGGAGGUUCACUCUCUGUGCACAUAGCACUCGCUCGAUCGUCGACGGCACGGAGUUUGUUGCCAAGGAUCUCCUUUAUGAGAACGUUUCGGGGGACGUUCCUCUGCUGAGCGGUCAGAGUGGGUCACGUGGGAGUGGCGAGCCUUCCCGAAGGGUUUACUCCCCGGAGGAGCCAAACGGCCACCCCCCCAACGAAUUGAGCGGCCAACCGAACAACAAAUUGAGUGGUCAGCUUAACAACGAACUGAAGGGCCAACCGCAAAACGUGCGAACCGCCCGGAAACGAAAAUUCCUCUUCCAAAUAAACACCCUCACAAACCGAAUCCACGCGUACGACCAAAACAAGAAGACCAACUUUCCCGUGGAGCACUUGGCCAACGGUGUGGGGGACCACAAAUCAGGGACGCUUCUCAAAAAAUGCGCGGCGAAAUUUUUGCAAAACUACAACAAACUAAGCACGAACGAAAAGAAGUUAAUUGAAAAGAAAAAAUGCGACAUGCACAUAUCGCUGCUUCGCCAUUUGCGGGAUGGAGAAAAUGAAACGAAGCCCCUAAAAUUUGAGAGGUACAUAAAAAACUUCGCCGCACGCGAUAAGACAUACGUGAAGACGUACCUUAAAAACAGCUUCAAGGGGAAACUCCAAGUCUUCUAUUACCAAGAGUAUGACGAAAAGAGAAACGCAGUUAAAUGUCUACACUGUAAAAGUGAGUUGCCCCCUUGUACCAGUGCCAUAGUAGGCGAAUACAACGUAAUGAAAUAUUUGCAGGACCACUCGGACAGCGCCACGAUCGAGAAAUUUCAUCACGAAUUUGAAACGAUUAAAUUGCAAAGUUGUAAUGUUAAAAAUAUUUUCAUAUGUGAUGAGAGCAAUAUGUUUUGCGAGGGCAAGUGCAGAAAGUUUUAUUUUUUAAAAAAAAGUUCCAACAGUAUACGCAGAUUAAUUUACGAAAGAGAUAAAGGCGUUUGUAACAUUUGCAAAUUGGAUUGCACAAACUUAAUUAGACAAAUUAAAAAUCAAAAAUACUUUCCAAUUAACGAAAAAAUUGAUUAUUUUAUUAAAAGAUAUCCUCUAUUUAUUGAAGAUAUUAAUCAUCUCACCCAUAUACUUGAGAAACCAAUGGAGGGACACAUCUGGAACGUGGACCACAUCUUGCCUGUUUUCAGGGGGGGCGGAGAGGCCUCCUUUGACAACCUGCAGACUUUGUGUACCUUCUGCCAUAAGAAAAAAACAAAGGACGAUUUUAAGAAGAGGGCGGAGCGGGGUAAUCCUGUGGAGAGCGCCCCUCCAGGAUGAUUCAAUUGGUAUAUUUUCCGCGGGCGGGUGUAUGUCCACGUGUGUGUGUAUGUCAACGUGUGUGUGUAUGUCC